UGCAGUUAUUUUUGACGCGAUGCAAGUUUUGAAAUAAAAUAAAAAUUUGAGUUAAAGAAAAAAAAAACCGAUGUUUAAAGGAGGAAUUUGGCAAACGGAGAAGACGGUUCAGAGAAGAUCGUUUACUCUUUCCUCAAUUUCGAACAAAGUUUUCGAAUUUUCCAACUCUCUCUAGUGAAUUUAGGGUUCUGAUUUCGACAUUAGUGUAAAGAUUUGUUUUUUAUCCGAGGGGUGCGAUUGUGUAGUCAAACCAGAUCAAAUGUCGGCAUCAACGGUGUCGAUCACCGCUAAUACGGCGGCAGCGACUAGACGGACGCCGAUUCUUGCCGGAGAGAAAAAAUCAAACUUUGAUUACCCUCAAAGCGAAUCGCUUGCGAACGGUGGUGUUGGGGAAGCCGGUGGUACGAGUAGAGAUCUGAGCCGCGGUGAAGCUACCCUUGAUCGAUCUCAGGGACAAGAUUUGGGUCCUGUGACGAGAAGGUCUGUUUCCGCUGCGACGGGGACUAAUACCACCGCUACGCAGCGCCGGACGCGGAAGGUUGCGACUCCUAAGUCUGAGAAAGCGCGGUGGAAGACAGUGGUGAGGAUAUUUGCGAAGCAGCUUGGUGCGCUUUUGAUCAUUGUUGGGUUAAUUCAAUUGACGAGGAAGAUGAUUCUCAAGGCUUCUUCUCCGUCCUCUCCGAUUUCUUCUUAUGAAACGGAGAUGGCGUUUUCGGGAUUGGAAAGCCGAAUUGCGGAAGUAGAUGGUCUUGUUAAGGCUACGACGAAUUCGAUGCAGGUUCAAGUUGAAUUGCUUGAUAAGAAAAUGGAGAGGGAAGCAAAAGUGCUUAGGCAAGAAAUCGAGAGGAAAGCUUCUGCAUUUCAGAGUGAGUUGAAGAAGAUAGAAUCUAGAACUGAGUCACUAGAGAAGUCUGUAGAUGAAGUAAAUGCUAAACCUUGGGUGACGAAAGAUGAGUUAGAGAGGAUUUAUGAGGAACUGAAGAAGGGGAAUGUUGAUGAUUCUGCUUUUAGUGAGAUUAGCAUUGAUGAAUUGAGGGCUUAUGCUCGUGAUAUUAUGGAGAAAGAGAUUGAAAAGCAUGCUGCUGAUGGCCUUGGCCGAGUUGAUUAUGCAUUGGCUUCUGGUGGUGCUUUUGUGAUGGAGCAUUCAGAUCCUUAUCUUGUUGGUAAAGGGAGUAGCUGGUUUGCGACUACCAUGCGGCGCGCUCAUACGAAUGCGGUUAAGAUGUUAUCUCCGAGCUUCGGUGAGCCUGGACAAUGUUUUCCUCUGAAAGGUAGCGAGGGCUAUGUGCAAAUCAGGCUGAGAGGACCAAUCAUACCAGAGGCUUUCACAUUGGAGCAUGUAGCUAAGAGUGUAGCCUACGACAGAUCGAGUGCUCCAAAAGAUUGCCGUGUAUCAGGAUCCCUGCAAGGACCGGAAUCCUCAGCGGAGACAGAGAACAUGCAACUUCUAACAGAGUUCACUUACGACCUAGACAGGUCGAACGCACAAACAUUCAACAUCUUAGAGUCAUCAAGCUCUGGUCUAAUCGAUACUGUCAGGCUAGACUUCACCUCGAACCACGGAAGCGACUCGCACACUUGCAUCUACCGGUUCAGGGUUCAUGGGCGUGCGCCAGACCCGGUUCCUGUUGUGGGAACGAAUCUUGAUCAGGACUCUUCACCUGAAAGUGAAUAAAACCUCUUCUGUUUUGUAACAUUCCUUCAUCCACAUCUCUUUUGUUGCCUGUGUUUUUUAUGGAAAGAAAAAGAAAGCAUCAGAUUCUGUGAUUAGACUAGUAGAGAGUUGUUUGAUUUGAUUAUGUCUUCUUUGUGUUACCUUUUGGUUUAUUUGGUUGCAGAAUACAUAAAUCAAGAAAUCCAAUUUAUACUGUUAAUCUUUAAAACGCAUCUUA